CUUCAUUCUUACGUCAUCGCAAACGACAUUUUGGUUUCGUGAAUAAAAGUUUCCAUCAUUGUUCUUAGUAAGUAAAAACCGAAUGAAUUAGUUCUUUGGUUUAGUUAAACAAGUAUAUCGAUUUUUUUUCGUUGUAAAUGAUACUAUGCUGGAAAAGAAACCUAAAUCUAGACUUAAACGUGUGCUUGGUUUAACUGCGGCUACUAUAUUCGUUGCCGAAUCAAUUGGGAUCGCUGUCACUUACGGCCUGUGGUACAAAUUAAACACUGAAAGAGAUUUUCGACUCUAUAUGUACAAGAAUUACAAUUGGGUGCUAGAAGGUUACUAUCAAGUGGGUGAAAGAGUCGGUGGUCUCAAGACUCGUGAACUUGACACGGCUGUGUGGACUAACGAAGGAAAGAUAUAA